AUGCCGGCCUUCUUCUGUCUACCGAUGGCGUGUCAACGUCAGGUUGAUUCGUUAGAUCGGAGUCAGUCGAACCUUCAGUCAGUUCCAACCGACAUCUUUAGGUUUCGCAAACUCGAGGAUCUGAACCUAACCAUGAAUAACAUCAAAGAACUUGACAGAAGGUUAUUCACACUUCGACAUCUCCGAGUUCUCGAUGUUUCGGACAAUGAAGUUUCAGUUUUACCGCCCGAUAUAGGACAACUCACCCAAUUGAUUGAACUGAACUUAAACAGAAACACUAUCACAGACAUACCCGAGACGCUGAAAAACUGUAAAUUUCUGACGAAUCUCAAUUUGAAUGGUAAUCCGUUCACAAGAUUACCCGAAAGUAUUUGUGAAUGUUCCUCUAUCACGAUUCUCUCAUUAAACGAUACUACUCUAACAUCACUACCAGCCAACAUCGGAUCACUGGUGAAUUUGCGAGUUCUCGAGGCUCGCGAGAACCAUCUAAAAACGAUUCCGCUUUCGAUUGUGGAGUUGAAACAGCUUGAAGAGCUCGAUCUUGGGCAGAAUGAAAUAGAGGAUUUACCGGCGAAAAUUGGAAAAUUGACGAGUCUUCGAGAGUUUUAUGCUGAUAUGAACAAUCUUGGAACACUGCCCGAUAGUAUUUCCGAUUGUAGGAUGCUUGAUCAGUUGGACGUGUCAGAAAACCAAAUUAAUCGAUUACCCGAAAAUCUUGGAAGUAUGUCAAGUCUCACUGAUUUGAAUGUUUCUAUGAAUGAUAUUCCCGAGUUGCCACGAUCAAUUGGAAAUCUGAAACGACUGCAAAUGUUGAAAGUGGAAAGAAAUAAUUUGACUCAACUGACACCGGAAAUUGGGCAUUGUUCGGCGUUAACUGAAUUGUAUUUAGGACAAAAUAUGUUGACGGACCUUCCCGACAGUAUAGGAGAUCUGAAAAAUCUUACGACCCUCAAUGUAGAUUGCAACAAUCUCAUCGAGAUUCCAGAAACAAUUGGAAGCUGUAAAUCGUUGACUGUUUUGUCCCUGCGACAAAACCUGAUCAGUGAAUUACCGAUGACAAUUGGAAAAUGUGAAAAUAUGACUGUUCUAGAUGUUGCCUCCAAUAAGCUUACAAGUUUACCAUUCACAGUUAAAGUCCUAUACAAGCUCCAAGCACUUUGGCUCAGUGAGAAUCAGACUCAAUCGAUUCUGAAACUCUCUGAAAUUCGAGAUGCCAAGACUGGAAUUAAAGUUGUUACAUGCUACCUGUUACCACAAGUAGAUGCUAUCGAAGGUGGUGGACAUGUACAGCAUCAACCCGAUAGAGGAGCUUUCGUCGGUGGACCAAAAGUUCAUUUCCAUGAUCAGCAAGAUAGUACUUUCGAAGAAGAUAGAGCUGCUGAAGUACAUCUUGGAAACUUUGAACGACACAACACACCUCAUCCAAAAACGCCGAAACACAAAAAAGGAUCGAUUGAUGGACAUAUGUUACCGCAUGAAAUGGAUCAACCCCGGCAACUUUCAUUAGUUUCGAACCAUCGAACAUCAACUUCAUCAUUUGGCGAAUCUAGCAAUUCAAUCAAUCGGGAUCUAUCUGAUAUCAGGUUCAUUGACGCUCCCGCUUCAAUGCCUAACGGUCUCCGAGAAGUUACAAUCUCUCCAGAACGAGAGGAACUACACCAACAAACUCCGCAACCCCAACAACAGCUGGGUACAUCAAUGUCAAGUCUAUCCAAUCUCGGAUCCAGUAAUCAGCUAAUUAUCAAAAUUCAAAGAGAUAACAGCGGGAAAUUGGGUCUUUCCUUCGCUGGUGGUAUCUCUAACGAUCCUGCACCGAACAGUAACGGCGAUUCGGGUCUUUUCGUAACAAAAGUGACAAAGGGAAGUGCUGCGGAUCGGUGUGGUCUUCGAGAGGGCGAUAAACUCAUUCGUGCCAACGACAUCAAUAUGAUCAACGCAUCGCAGGAUGACGCAAUGUCAGCCAUCAAGAAACGGGAAACUGUCGAAUUGGUCGUUUUGAGGAGGUCACCAUCCCCGGUUUCGAGAACUUCUGAAGUGAGUCUAAGUGGCAGUGCUCAUGAGCUCAACCAUCUUGAUGCGGGUUCUCCAGAUAGUACUAUGUUCCUUCCUUCCAACACUCCAGUGUAUGCUUCCUAA